CUCGCCGUUGAUCUCCUCAACCCCUCCGCGGCCGCCGAGGCCAAGAAGCACAAGCUCAAGACUCUCGUCCCUGCCCCCCGAUCCUUCUUCAUGGACGUCAAGUGCCCCGGCUGCUUCACCAUCACCACCGUCUUCUCCCACGCCCAGACCGUCGUCAUCUGCCAGGGUUGCACCACCGUGCUGUGCCAGCCCACCGGUGGCAAGGCCCGUCUGACUGAGGGCUGCUCUUUCCGAAGAAAGUAA